CCUCUAGCGCUCCGAUCAGCGAUGUUGACAGCUGACGCCGGCGGCACACUUCACCGACCUCACCCUCUAGACACCAUAGCAAACCAUGGUCCAUUUUGUGGAGGUUUUCACACAGCGUCAGCCCAGCCCUGUAUGGAUCUCAGUGCAUUGGUUCCCAGUGUUCUACGAUAACUUUUAUGAAUUCGCUUGCUCCAUGAUCCAUGCUGUGGGCACAUCAAGUGAAUGAGCGGUUGAUGACUGCACUCAAAGCAUGGCCGCGCGUAAAAGUAUCAUACCUGGAGGCUUCCGUGACCGUGUGUUGUUUCUGCUCAUGAUGUGCGGCAUUCCCGUCAUCGUGUUUUUCAACUUUUGCUUCGUCGCACCCAGGUACCACGACACGUUCAACAAGUUCAUGUGGAUGCACACUGCUUCGGCUGCAUUUAUCACGUUCAACAUAUACGCCAACCUGUUCAAGCUCCUGCAGACUGACACCAGUGCGCACCACGUAGCGGACGACGUACUGUUGCCUGGCUGGCGUUACUGUCCGGUGUGCGCGAUGAAUGUGCCGCCCCGCUCGCAUCACUGCAGCGUGUGCAAAGAGUGCAUACUCAAACACGACCACCACUGCAUGUUCACUGGCCGCUGCAUUGGCUACUACAACCAGCGAUACUUCGUGGUCGCUCUCUUCUACAUGACGGCCGGCCUCUUGUACAGCCUCUGGUACAAGUGUCCCUAUGUGCUUGAAAUGCUUGGCGGCCUCAACCUGGUGACAUUGUUACACAUGGUGGCACCCCAUUUCGGCCUUCUGCUUGGUCUUGUCGAUGGUUGGCUGUUCGUGUGCACUCUGCUGAACCUUGUGGAGUUAGUGGUGUUCUUCUUGUGUGCUUACCUGCUGGCAGUGGAGCUCAUCUGUAUGGCCAGAAACCAAACCACCUAUGAAAAGAGCCACGGCAUCCGCACCUACGGUCGAGGCCUUGGAAGAAACCUUAAAGAGGCGCUGGGUGCCUCAUGGUUCCUUGUCUGGCUGUCGCCUUGGGUCCGUUCCCCAGUUCCUGGAGACUUUGAUGGUCAUGCGGUGUGUGUGGAAAAAAAAGAUCUGUGAUCUGUGUAGCUACUGCACAGGUUUUAUUUAUUAGUUCAACCAAGAAAAGCUCGUAGUCAGGAUCACACAAGCAUUAACUUCCAGCAUUGUUUCAUUGUUGAAGGUUGCAAUCGAUAACUGAAUUUGCAAUCAUUGCAAGGCAAAGCAAAGAAAGCAUGCAAACAUGUUCACUGUCUUUACACAAGCUAUCAUAGCCAAGUGCCACAGUUCCUCAAAAUAUCAUACACAAAUCGCUAUGAAGUAAUGUCGAAAGUUAAUGACCGUAUGUGCUCCAGCCUGUAAAUUGUUUUAAAGAGUUAGAAUUAAUGGUUACGUUUGCAGCAACGACUAUUUAAAGGAUGCUCAUGCACAGUGAGCCCAGAUGGGCUUUGGUGUUGUCCAGCCUUGUGUCUGUCCUCCAUUAUGUGUGCAAUUACUAAAAAAAGGAUGGGAUAUAUGAGAGCCAUUUUGUCGGCCAAUUUUUUGUUGGUAAAUAUGUGCCUGAGUUCACUCACUGCGCCACGUGAGUACUUGUAAUACAAUCUUAAAGGCAUGUGUGACUCGUAGCUAUGUAUAUUAACGAGGAACUUUGCUUAAUAUUUAUGUGUUUAUGUACGAAGGCUUGUGAAGUGGUCUGAUUCUGCUGCAACUCACGCAGGCUGAGCUAUUCCCUUCCCUAAAGAGAGCAAUUUAUGUUAUAUGAUGGAACAUUUUUCAUUCACAUUAUGUGGCUCGUAGCCAAUGUAUAUUAGCGAGGAACGUUACAUAUAUUUGUGUGUUUACGUACAAAGGCUCGUCUUGUUCUGCUGCUACUCAAGCAGGCUGAGCUAUUCCCUCCCUAAAAAGAGCACUUUAUGUUAGAUAAUAGAAAAUUUUUUAUUCAGAUUAUGCUAAACAUUUCACGAUCUCUCUUCAUGCUAAUGUUCGAAGGCAGAUAAUGACAGCUAAUUUAUUUUAUGUUGCACCACCUGAAUGCUACUGUCCUUGUGACCUGCUAUGUUGAGUUUCCCGGUUGCCAACAUAAGUGUCUGCUAUGUAGGCACUUUCACUUCACCUUGAAAAAUGUAUCUUCAUAAGUUAGUACUAAUCUGUGCUUUUGAAGUAUGCUUAUGUCAAUAAUUAAGGGACAACAACGUGUCACAACAGGAUUUGAAGAAUGUAAAGGAAGAACUUGUAGAAGUCAUUAAACCUUAUUGCACAACACCUGUCCAUUUUAAUGUAAACAUCUUAUUGUAGGCCUAUUAUGUAAUAGUAAGUUAUCUAAGCACAUUUUGAAGCUUGUGGGACAUGAUGUUUUCAGUUUAUUUUAAAAUUUCCACUACUUGGCUGCGGCACCCUGUUGUUUAAGAUGCAGCUGUUUCUGCUCGGCUGUCUGUGCCUUUUCGUAUGCCAUUUCAUGCUCUGGUACGUAGUUAUAGCCUUUCAAAGAAAAAGUUGUAGUACUCCAUGAAAUACGGAGAAUUACAGAACGAAAAAAAGCAUCAAUGCAAGUUAGGGAAUCAAUACACCAAGUGUUUCUCUUUUGUGGAGCACAGGGAUAAGAUUCAGUUGGAUAUUAAAAAUGAACUAGGGAAAAAAUAAUGUGCUUCUGAUCUCUUAAAAAUGAUUGUGCCACUUAAAAAAAAAA